CUGAAUUUUAAAACUGUCCCAUGGUGACUGUGCGUAUGCUAAGGAUGGCUUGAAUGUGUUAGACUUCGUCCUGCAUAGUUUGAAGCAGCAUGGGGGAUCAAGAAGCAGAGUCGCUUGCAUUAGCGAACGCCCUGCCCGGAAUAGUCACCAAGAGAACACCAGAGGCAUUGAACAAGGAGAUUAAGGCAUCAGUCAAUAUUUCUGACAACGCCGUAACGACUCCUGAUGCGAAUAGUGUGCAGGAUAGUGUUUUAAGUCAACAAAUUAAGAGAAACGAGAAGCAGAUCAUUGUGACAUGGACAAAAGAGGAGGAGAGACGAGUAGUGCGAAAGGCAGAUUUCAUCUUGUUGCCUCUGUUCUCCUUGAUGUUUACAUGGAUGGCCAUCGAUCGCACCAACGUGUCCGGUGUCCUCACAUCUACGUUCCUCGCUGACACUGGUAUGACCAGAGACCAAGCGAAUAUAGGUAUCUCCCUGCUAUGGCUUGGUAUUGUGCUACUAGAGAUUCCCUCCAACAUCGUUCUGCAUCGCAUCGGACCACACUACUGGAUCCCGGCGCAGGUCAUUAUUUGGGGGUUGAUUGAAGUCCUUCAAAUGUUCGUCCGGAAUGCCAGUGGUUGGUAUGCCGCUCGUAUCUUUCUUGGUCUCGCAGAAAGUGGUUUUAUCCCUGGUGGCCUCUAUACCCUCUCCCGAUGGUAUACUCGCGACGAGAUCACCAAACGCACCACCAUUUUCUUCUUCGGACCAUCGAUAUCUGCUGCAUUCGGAUCUUUGAUUUCAGCCGGUGCUCUAAGCAUUGCCGAUAAACGCGGUUUAGCUGGAUGGCAGUGGAUUUUCAUUAUAUGCGGAGUUUCGACAAUUGCGACUGGUAUCCUGGCAUUUGCACUCGUUCCGAGAUCACCCCAUCAUACUGGGCACCUGUUCGGUGGACUGAUCAAGACGCGGGGUUGGUUGACGGAACGUGAAGCUGACGUCUUCGUUGCAAGACUCCUCUUAUCCGAUCCUCUAAAAGGUCAAUCAUCUACCAUGAAAAUCACCCUGAAGGACGUUACCGAUGUUCUCCUCGAUCGAACGACCUGGCCUUAUCUCAUCGUGUGCCUGAGCGGCCUCCAGGCCGUCAAUGGUCUAUCCACCUGGGGCGCCACGAUCAUCCAGUCUCUUGGGUUCAGUAGUGUACGUGCCAACUUGCUGAACUCACCAGCGCCACUUCUUGCUUCCAUCUUCGGCGUUGCGCUGGCGUCAGUCGUGGAUCGGACAAAACGAUUCGGUUAUGCUAUAAUAUUUGUCGCAAUCUGGACUCUAGCAGGAUUGAUCGCUCUUUAUCACCUCCCAGUAACGACAAAGUCUUCUUGGUCGUUCUAUGCAGCAUACGUCGUAACACAAGCUUCUCCUUCUUGGCAGCCAAUCAAUGUGACAUGGUUGUCGCUCAACACCAAGACGCCGCAGCAGCGGGCCAUCGCCUACGCUAUUUACAUUGGAUGUUCGAAUCUCGGUGGUACAUAUGGAAACCAAGUAUUCAGAGGUAGCGAUGCGCCGCUUUAUCGUAAAGCUUGGGCAGCCUGUUUAGCUCUUGGUGCUGUUUGGCUAGCGGUUGUCUUGUUGCAAACAAUUGCGUUCCGCAUCGCAAGUUACCGGUAUUCGCGGAGAAUUGGUAAUGCGCCCGAACUGGAACCUAGAACGUUGUACUACGAUAAACAAGGGCGAGCCCACCGAUAUUACUGGUAA